CUUCCUGUCCUGUCCCAUAUAAGACCCUUUACAAACGACAAGUCUUACAGCAAGCAAAACGACUAAACACAUCCCCUGGAGGCUGGAGCCACAAAAACAUUAUCCUCCCAUCUCAUGGCUCCAUCUCUGUCUUCUACUUCAGCAUUUCCAUGCUCAAAUUCUCACUGCAAUCCAAGCCUGUUUCUAAGGUGUGAAUCAUCAUCGCCUGAGUCAGGCCUGCCGGCAAGAACAUCAAGACUUGAGAUAGGGUCUCCCAUAAUUGUGGUUGAAGCACCCAAAAUGGUGAAGACUGCCGCAUCAGUUCCAUGCCUCAGAGUUAAUGCCGGCUUGGUCAAGCCUGGAGAUGUUGGAAGAAUUGUUUCAAGAAAGCCCAAGGAUGUGUGGGCAGUUCGUCUGGCUAUUGGCACCUAUCUCUUAGACAGGAAAUACUUCCAGCCUUUGGAGUUUGAUGAAUGAAUCUGAUCCACAAUAGCUUCAAGGUCCUUUUCCGACAGAGAAGCUCUAUGCUUUUUGUGCAUGUAAUUGGUCUUAGUUUAAUGCAACUCCCAUGUUUGUGGAAACCAAGUAUUUGCAGCAAUCUUUAGUUGUAUUUCGUUUUCAUAAUAAGGAGAGAAAGCUGUAAAGGCUUAUAUUGACACUAUAUUUUAAUUAUCUAUCUAUCUAUAUUUAUAUAAUAUUACGGAUGUUGAACAAAUUUUUAUUAAUAAAAUUGGUCGUAUUUAUUCAUUA